AUGUUUGUACUUUACGAGGACCCGCUUGCUUGGGCCAGACCGUUCCCGGCUAAUCCUGACUCGACGUUUCUUCUUCACUGGCACGAGAUCCUUGGAUCGUUUCUCUUUUACUGUGCUAUCCAGGCGGUUUCUCCAGCCAUUUCCACCGCCUUGUUGGGGAAGUCGUAUACUGGGUUGAACCAUAAGACGAAACUCAAUUUUGACAUUCAUGUGGUGUCGAUGGUCCAGUGUAUUAUCUCCGUGGUGACGCUUAUUCCCGCCUGGGGCCAUGAACACUUUCAGAACCGUGUUGCUGAUCCGUAUGCGUCUAUCUUUGGGUAUAACGCUUACUCUGGGUUCGUUACUGCCAUUACUAUCGGAUACUUUAUCUGGGACUUGAUUGUGUGUUUGGCUUAUCUUAAGUUGUUUGGCGUGGGCUUCUUGUUGCACGCUUUUGCUGCCUUGUAUGUGUUUGGUGUGGCCUUGUUGAAGCCAUAUUGUAUGCCAUGGAUGCCAGCGUUCUUGCUUUUCGAAUUGAGCACUCCGUUUGUUAACAUCAACUGGUUUUCUUCGAGACUUCCCGCUGGCACUGUCCCGGAUAAGGUUAUUCUCAUCAAUGGUUUGCUUUUGCUUGCAACCUUCUUCUUUGUCAGAAUUAUAUGGGGCUUCUACGCCGUGGGCUUGGUCGCUUAUGACAUGUACCGUGUGGCCCACUUGGCGUCGCUUUUCUGGCCAUGGUCCAUUCUCAUUCUUAACUUCUCUUUAGACGUUUUGAACGUCUACUGGUUUAUGAAGAUGGUGGCUAUCGCUAAGAAGAAGGCCCAGGGCGCCAAAACGAGACCUGUUGCCAAAGAAGCUGCCAAGUACGAAUAG